CUAGAGUCCUGCCACAGCCAAGCUUGGCUCCGAAGGACCAGCUCUGGUGGCAGCCCCUAAGCCGAUUGUGGGCCGAGAGAAGGUGACCAUGAGAGGGGCCAGCAGGGAUCAAGAGGGAGGGAGGAGACUGGGCAGAAGAGAGAGAGGAAUUACUGGACAGAAGAGAGAGACUGAAAGAGCUGGGGAGUCCCUUUAGUUCUGAAGACAGAGGGGAUCACCUAAGGGCCAACAGGGUGGGAGACCCUGCUGGGUGUGAGGGGGAGGGGCACCACAGUCCAACUAGAGGAGGGGGCCCUUGGGCCUAAAGGGAGGGGACAUGAGUCUGAUGGGUGAGAAGGGACUCCUGGGUCAGAGGCAGGACUUAAUGAUCCCCUGGGAUUUGAAGGUUCUUGAUCAUUGCCUCCCCGUCAACUGCUCAUUCUCUGCUCUCCCUGGCACUGUCUCCUGGGUCCACAUCAGGAGGGUACAACCCUGAGCUCCCAGAUAGAGUCAGCCAAACCUUACCCCAUACCCCAGCUGAUUCUUGUCUCAGGUGGACAUGGCCUGCAAGGGCCACACUCGACCCAAGGGCCUGACCUGGGCCCUAGGACUGACCCUGGCUUGGAUCUUGCUGGGAGCCUGUGGAGGAAGCCGCCCACUCCCAGCUAUGUCCCGGAGACACCAAAGGCUGGCAGCCGAUCUUGGCACAAGCCAGCUGCACCUUGCAGAGAUGGACACACCAGAGGCAUUGGACCCUGAGAUGGCCCCAGAACGCUGUGGGGACCCGAGCCCCGGGUGCGAAUCCUUUCUGGGACACCUCCAAGUUGCCCUCCACAGUCGCUUGCGCCUGCUGUUACUGGGGAUACGCCAGGCCCAGCCGCUCUGUUCCGAGCUCUGCGAUGUCUGGUUUGCCACAUGUGAAAGCGAUAUUACCUGCGGCCCGACUUGGCUCCCAAUCCUAGAAAAGAGGGGCUGUGAGUCUGGCUGCCCUACCUAUGAGCAGACCUUCGCUGACGGGGCGGAACUUUGCCGCUCGGUUCUGGGCUACGCGAUGCCGGUGGCAGCUCCUGGCGCCGGUCACUGCCUCAACAUUUCCACCUCGGUACUGCCGGGUUCCAGACAGGAAGGGAAGGCCCGAGAAAUCACCUUCCUGCGUGCCCGCCGCUCACGCACCUGGAUCCUGGAUGCCGCGGGCAGCGGGAGUGGCAGUGGAAGCGGCAGCGGCCCCUAGGGGGCGCCGGGCCUUGGAUGGGAGAUGGGAGUCCCUUCCGCCGACCCGGCCCCUCAAGAUACCCAAAGCUCCACCUCUCUCCCGCUCCGCCUUCUAGUUUCCAGAGCCCUGUCUCUCCUUCCUGGAGUCCCAGAGACUCGCCCCUCUCCAGGUGACUAGACAAAGAAUCCAACUCUAGCUCAUCUUCCCCUCUCCUCCCUGAAUAAAGUCUCCA